AUGAAUCGCUUAUUGGAAUCUUUAGAAAUCUAUGAUCUUAUCAUUUAAGAAAAUCCAAAUAAUUCAGAAUAUUAUUACUAAAAAGGUUUUUCAUCUUUAAUAUUCCUAGGAAUUGCAUUAGAAAAAUUGAAUUGUUUUGAAUAAGCAUUGGAAUCUUAUGAUUAAGCAAUUGAGAAGAAUCAGAAAAAUUCUUCUUAUUAUUUCUAAAAAGGUUGAAAUAAUUUUAUAUUUGAAGCAUAUACACUAGAAAAUAUGAGUCGUUUUGAGGAAGCUUUAGAAUAAAUAGAUUUUGCUAUUGAAAAAAAUCCUAAAGAAUCUUUUUAUUAUUUUAGAAAAGGUUUUUGUAAUCAAUAAUUCCUUAGCUAGCAUUUUAGCAGAUAUGGAUCUUUUUCAAGAAGCAUUAGUAUAUUAUGAUAAAGCGAUUGAAAUAAAUCCUGAAGAACAGCAAUAUUAUUGUGAAAAAGGUUUGUAUUUAUAUUUUCUUGUAAAGGGUUUACAUUACAGUUUUUGAAUCAAUUUGAAGAAGCUUUAUAAUCUUUUGACCAAGCCAUCCAAAAAGCUCCUGAAGAAGCAGAAACAUUUAAUGCAAAAGGUAUGAAUACAUAAAAUUCUCAAGCAAAUUUACUAAAAGAUUUGAAUCGAUAUGAAGAAGCCUUAGAAUAUUACGAAUGUGCUAUUAAAUGCAAUCCUGAACAAUCUAUUUAUUAUUAGAAAAAAGGUUAAAAUAUCAAAAAAUUAGUUUAUAGCAAAGGUUUUGUGUAAUUUGAAUCGUUUUGAAUAAGCAUUAUAUUUUUAUGAUUGUGCUAUUUAAAGAAAUCCAGAAUAAUCUAAAUAUUAUACUUAGAAAGGUUUAAAUUAUUAAUUAUUGAUAAUAGCUUAAACAUUAGAUUCAUUAGAACGUUUCGAAGAAGCUUUAAAAUUUCAUGAUUAUGCAAUUUAGAAAGCUCCUUAGGAUGAAAAACCGUAUUAUUUUAAAGGUUAUAUUGAUUUGACUUGAGUAGCAAAUACUUUAGAUAACAUGAAUCGAUUUUAAGAAGCUUUGUCAUAUUACAUUCUUUUAAAUGAAAUGGUUCCAGAUAAUGAUACUCCAUUUUAUGCUAAAGGUUUUCAAAUGACAUUUAUAUAUUAAGCAAACUCAUUAAUUAAUAUGAAUCGCUUUGAAGAAGCUCUUUAAGCUAUAAACGAUGCUAUUAAUCGAAAUUCAGAAAUCCAAGAUUUUUUCUCAAUUAAAGGUUUCAAUUAAUUAAUUAGAUAAUUAGCAAUAAUCUUAACCUAUUUAAAUCGUUAUGAAGAAGCUUUGGAAUAAUAUGACCAUGCUAUUAAUAUGAAUAAACCAGAUUCGAAGUUAUAUUAUAACAAAGGUGUAAUUAAAAAUAAAUAAAUAGCAAAAACAUUAACUAAGAUAGGUCGCUUUGAAGAAGCUUUAUCAUUUUAUGAAAGAGCUAUUUAGGAAAAUCCUGAAAUAUCAGAUUAUUAUUUGGAUAAAGGUUAAUCAAAUAGUUUAUUAUUUUUAGCAAAUGUUUUACAAAGACUUUGUAGAUUUUAAGAAGCCUUAGAAUAUUAUGAUUAUGCUAUUUUGAGAAACUCUUAAGAUUCUAAAUUAUAUUAUAAUAAAGGUGUGGUUAAAUUAAUAUACAAGCAAAUACUUUAAAAAGUUUGAAUCUUCUUUCAGAAGCUUUAGAGAGCAUAGAUAAUGCAAUUUAUAAAAAUCCUGACGACUCAGAUAACUAUUGCUAUAAAGGUUAAUAUUUUUGGUUAUAGUAAUAGCAAUUUUAUUAGAAAGUUUGAAUAAAUUAGAAGAAGCCUCAGACUAAUAUGAUAUCGCUAUUAUGAAAAAUCCAGAGAACCCUAAAUUAUAUUAUUUCAAAGGUCCUUUUUAGUUAUUAUAUUAGCAAUUGCUUUAAGCGAUAUGAAUAGAUAAUAAGAAGCUUUAUACCAUAUAGAUUACGCUAUUUAAAGGAAUCCUGAUGAAAGUGACUUUCACUUGAUUAAAGGUAUAUUCAUUAUUUUAAGACAAAGCAAAUAUUUUAACUAAAAUGGAUAAUUUGUUAGAUGCUUUAGGAUGCUUAGAUUAUGCUAUUUAGAAAAAUCCUGAGGAUUUUCAAGGUUAUGCAAUUAAAGGUAUAUAUAAUAUAUGAGUUUAAAAAGCAAAUAUAUUAAACCAAAUUAAUAAAUUUUAGGAAGCUUUAGAAUAUUAUAAUUACGCAAUUGAAAGAAGUUCCAAUAAUUCAAAAUUAAAUUAUCAUAAAGGUUUAUAUAAUUAUUAAAAAUCAGCAAUAACUUUAGGUAGUAUGAAUUAGUUUUAAGAAGCCUUAAAAUUUAUAGAAAAAGCCAUUUAAUUGAAUCCUGAAUUAUCUAUUUAUUCUACUACUAAAGGUUUAAAUUUGCUUUAAUUUAUAUAGAAUAUUUGUUAGAAAAAUAAAAUAAUUUUGCAUAAGCAAAUAUUUAAUUAGAAUAAUAGCAUUAAGUUGAAGCUUAAUCUAUUAAUUACAACAUCAAUAAUUUAAUAAGUUAAGAUACAAUUUAAAUUUCAGAACAUAAUCUGA